UAAUGAACAUGUGUCGGUCGAAUGCCGGAAGUUAAGUGGAAUUAUGCACUCUCCAGUAACGGGAGAACAAAAUAUAUAUCUCCAACAUGGCCAUAUACAUUGUUGGAAUAAUGUGAAGUUUUUUUCCGACCAACAUUUCUUUGGUUCGUUAUGUCUUAUUAAUCACCUUUAUCGACUUGAACAGAAUUGCGCCUGCUUCUGUGUAAAUAGUUGAAAGAUGACGGCUGUUGAACUAAAAGACCAAGGCAAUCGGCUGUUUGCCAUGAAGAAAUUCGAGGCUGCCAUAAGCUGUUACACGAAAGCCAUUAUCAAAAGCCCUAACACACCAACAUUCUUCACUAAUCGAGCACUGUGCCAUUUGAAGUUGAAGCAGUGGGAACAGGCUAUCCAGGAUUGUCGACAUGCUCUCGAUAUGGACAGAUCACUUGUUAAGGGUCACUUCUUCUUGGGACAGGCUCUUGUUGAGCUUGGUUACUACGAUGAGUCAAUAGCCAGCCUAAAGAGAGCUUAUGACCUUGCCAAGGAACAGAGAAUGAACUUUGGAGAUGACAUUGCAAGUGCUCUCCGAAGUGCCAAAAAGAAACGGUGGAAUGUCAUAGAAGAGAAACGCAUCCAACAGGAAAUAGCACUUCAAACCUACCUCAACAGACUGAUCUCUGAAGAGCUUCAAAGGCAGCAAGAAAUGGUGCGGCAGAUGUAUAAAGACACCGACUGUACAGAAGAACUGAAGAAUAUAGAGCAGGAACAUAAAAUUCACUUAGUUGAAGUGAAUGCCUUAUUCUCACUGUUAGAUGAACGAAGAAAGAAACGUGAUGUCCCUGAUUAUUUGUGUGGCCGAAUAAGUUUUGAGCUAAUGAAGGAACCUGUUAUAACCCCCAGUGGUAUUACCUAUGAUCGCAAGGAUGUUGUUGAACACCUCCAUAGAGUUGGGCAUUUUGAUCCAGUGACUCGGACAUUCCUUACUGAGGAGAAUUUGAUCCCCAACCUGGCAAUGAAAGAAGUAAUCGAUGCCUUUUUGGAGGAGAAUCCGUGGGGUGAAGAUUAUUAAAGCUUUCGCUAGACAGUCAUGUGACUGUCAACUGUGAUGAUGGCAUCGGUGGUCAGUUGGUCAGUUUGUGAGGGCUGCUUGGUGAAGGUGUCAGCAGUGGUAGUGAUGAUGUUGUUCUUGGUUUCAGACAACCCCUACUUCAUGCACACACACAAAUACUUGCACACGCACACACAGUCUGUUGAUGCAAAAAAUGUACUCUGUGUACAUAUGCACUCAUGCAUGUGCACAUCCUUAUGUCUUGCUGCACUACACACAUGCAAAUAACCACACUAUAAACACAGGGUUGUUAUAAUAAAAGAAACAUAUUUAUACAUGGAUACAGACCACAUACAUGUGUACUGUUAGUGGCUUGGACCAUAUGGACAGACAGACAGCAUAUAUAUAUAUAUAUAUAUAUAUAUAUAUAUAUAUAUACACACACACACACACACACACACAAAGACAAAACUACUACCAUCACAAUCAAUAACAGCAAUAUCACCACUAUCACCACCACCAAUACUACUGCUACUAUACUAACGACAAUACCAUCACCAUCAUCACAACCAAUACCACCAGAACAGGUGAAGACAAUUAGCAAGAACUUAAUUGGUGCCAACUGUUAAAAUAUUGUAAAUACAAUCUGUUGUUGCAGCUGCUGCCCUUUGCUGCUGUGAGACUUCAAACCAUUGAGCACGCCACUGCAGUAUACCACUGCUCUCUACUGCUGCAGUCCACUCCUGCUGCACUCUUGCAGUUGGGCCUUUUUUUCCCUUCUUUCUGUUAUGUCAUUUGUUAUGUGUGUGUGUGUGUAUGUGUGUGUACAUGGUACAUGGUACAUGAUUCCAUGAUUCCAUGUAUCCAUGUGCGGUAUACAAGUAUAUGAUGUAUAUGUUUUAAGUAUUUAUUUGUGAUGUAUAUUUGUGUAUAGGGAUGUGUGUGAUGUGAUGUAUAUAUAUGGAAUAUGUAUGUAUGUAUAAUAUAUGUGUGUGUGUGUGUGUGUAUAUAUAUAUAUAUAUAUAUACAUAUAUAAGGCAGUGAAUUGGCAAUGUUGUUACAAUAUUGGUUAGAAUGCUUUGUGGCACUUGUUCUGAUGCUCUGUGCUGUGAGUUCAAAUCCUGCCAAGGUCAGUCUUACCUUUCAACCUUACAGGAAUGAUAUUUAAAGUACCAGACCAUCUGUUGGAUCUAUAGAAAUUUUAAAGUAUUGGGCAGGAUGCCUUGUGAUAUCUGUUCUGUCCUGCUUUUCUGUGUUCUGAGUUCAAUACCCACCUCAUUUCAUUCGAGAGAAAAAUAUACACAGCGAGAGCUAAAAAUAUGGAGACACUCUGCCAAGUGUAAUGGCCAGUAGCUAGAACUAGUCAUUGAACAACCAAUGGAUAUAUAGUUUCCUUGGUUUGUUGCAAGAUAAUGUGAUUUACGUGUGUGUGUGUGUAUGUGUGUGUAUGGAAGUAGGGGUUGUGUGUGCAGA